UUCUACGUUACAGAUCACUUGCCAACCAGUUCUGGGUACCCCCAUCCAAAUGCCUGGGCAUAUAAUAGGUGUUAAGGGCCCUUAAAAUAUUCCUAACAUAUUCUGCCCUUAGUUUAAUUCUUUGCGACCACUGAAAGACAACGCACGGACGUACCAGCAUGGCAGUGGAGGUUGUAGAGAGAGAAUCCUGGGGAAACAAGGCCCAGUUCCUGCUGUCUUGUAUCGGCUACUCUGUCAGCCUUGGAACAGUCUGGAGGUUUCCCUACCUCUGCUACAGGAAUGGAGGAGCCACGUUUCUCAUUCCGUACUUCAUUAUGAUAUUGGUGGUAGGACUGCCGUUGUAUUUUCUCGAGCUCGCGCUUGGCCAGUUCGCCUCUGAAGGUCCCAUCACAGUGUGGAAGAUCUCUCCAGCAUUCACAGGUACCGGAGUUGCCAUGGUAACCACCAGCAGCAUGGCUUCCAUCUAUUUCAACGUUGUCGUCAUGUACGCCAUGUACUACAUGUUUGUCAGCUUCGUCAGCCUGGAUGGCUCAGUGCCCUGGGAGUCGUGUGGCAAUCCCUGGAACACCAACUCCUGCAGGACGGAGCUCUAUCCAUUACUGGACGGGAUGGACGAGAGCAACAAAACAAUGACUUUGUUCAAGGAGUUGUACAAUCAACCUUGUGUAGACCGUCUCCUCGGCAACAUUUCCGAUGUCUACAACUCCACCUUCAUCAGUACCAGCAACCUAACCUCUGCCAUGAUCCAGAAUGAGAUUACCAAGAGUUGCAAGAUCACCUAUACCUCAGCCAGUGCUGAAUACUGGCAGCGCUAUGUGCUUCGUCUCCACGAAUCGGAUGGGUUUGAAGAUUUGGGAGGGUUCAGUCUAAAGAACACCAUGUGUCUAUUCCUUACUUGGCUCCUCAUCUUCGUCUGUCUGAAGAAAGGAAUCAAAUCAUCCGGUAAGGUCGUGUACUUCACCGCCACCUUCCCCUACAUCAUCCUGGUGGUCCUGAUGAUUCGAGGAUUGACGUUGCCAGGAAACGAGAAGGGCAUCGCAUUUUACAUGACCCCAGAUGUCCCUCGGUUGAAAGAUGUCAAGGUGUGGGGAGAUGCAGCCAGUCAGGUAUUUUACUCUUUGAGUGUUGGAUUUGGCGGUCUGUUGACCUUGUCAAGUUACAACAAGUUUAAGAACAACUGUGAGAGGGAUGCACUUUUAGUUACUGGCCUCAGCUGUGUGGGCAGUAUUCUGACUGGCUUCACCGUUUUCUCCAUCCUCGGAUUCAUGGCUCACACCACCAACCAGGACGUGGAGAACGUGGUCGACCAAGGACCCGGGCUCGCUUUCAUUACUUACCCAGAAGGCAUUGCAAAGCUUCCAUUGUCCCCACUGUGGGCCUUCCUGUUUUUCUUCAUGAUGUUUUCAAUGGGGAUGGAUACACAGUUUGCAUUAAUGCAGACGGUGAUGAGCGGCAUCAGUGACAUCUUCCCACGCUUCCUGAGGCACCACAAGACUGCCUUCACCGCCUUCUGUUGUCUGCUUGGCUUCCUCCUUGGGUUGCCCAUGGUCACAAAGGGCGGUAUUAACAUGCUGACACUGAUGGACUGGUACAUCGCCAGCUACAACCUGUUGCUCGUUGCUCUGGCACAGUUGAUCUGCGUCAUGUGUGUCUAUGGUGUGAAGCAGUUCAGGGAGGACAUCGAGAUGAUGAUUGGCCACCGACCCAACCCUUACUGGGUCAUCAACUGGGUCUUCCUGACUCCCCUCAGCCUACUUUUCCUCGUGAUCGUGUCAGCCACUCAGUACUCUCCAGCUUACUAUGGAGACUACAAGUUCCCUCCGUGGGCUGAGGGCAUUGGCUGGUGUAUAGUUGUCACCCCUGUUGCUAUCACUCUCAUCGUUAUGGUGGUACAAAUCUACAGACUGGGACCCAAAAACGCCUUCGCCCCAACAACAAGCUGGGGACCUGCCAACCAGGAAAACCGGACAGGAAGAUACUUCGUCGCUGUUAAUGUUCCCAAUCACGAGUGAAACCCCAUCAACAUUAGUAGUGAGAAGGGGAACCCAUCAGCUAGCGUGAACGAUGUUUGUGAAAGCCAUGUUUAAUACAAUGAAAGACUGUUUUCGCGCCUGUGAGUAACCACGCGUAACGUGACGGAAUAUUUGAUAAUUAUCUCCGUUUGUUGUACUAAAUAAAA